AUGGGCUGGCCGUACCACUUCCUCACCCUCUCACAGCAAGACGUCCUCCUCCGCCGCCAAACCAUCGACCGCUACGCCCUCAUCGCCCACCUCGCCGCCCUCGCCCCGGCCCUGCUCCUCACGCUCCUCCGCCUCGCCGUCCGCGCCGCCGGCCUCAUCCCCCGCAACGGCCACAACGGCGGCGACGGCGGCCGCGGCCGCUAUUCGCACGUCCCCGGCUCGCCCACCGUCAAGGCCCAGCGCAGCUCCGGCCUCGGCCUGCUGGCGGCGAGAUGGAGGGCCCUCAAGUGGUGGCUGGGCGACGACGUGGUGGUGAGAGGCGUGCAAUGGGGACAGCGCGAUGAGUGGCUGUUGGGCCUUGUCUGGACCGGCGUGCUGCUGGUUCUGUGCGUCUUGGAGACCGGUCAAGACUACCUCCACCUCACAAAACGCUUCGGCUCAAUCGCAAUCUCCCAGCUCCCCAUCCAGUACCUCCUCUCCCUCAAGGCCCUCAACCCCUACGCAUACGCCUUCGCCUCCUCCCACGAGCACGUCAACCGCUACCACCGCGUCCUCGGCCGCGUCAUCUUCGCUCUCAUCAUCGCCCACAUCGUCUUCUACAACGUCUUCUUCGUCCUCUCCGGCCUCUGGCUCAAGCGCUUCUUCGCCCCCGUCGUCUUCUGCGGCGUCCUGGCCGCCGUCGCCCUCCACGCCCUCAUGGGCACCGCCCUUGUCCGCGUCAGGACGCUCUCGUACCGCAUCUUCUUCAUCACCCACUUGGGCGUCGCACUGCUUACCCCCGUGCUGCUCUUCUUCCACGCCCACUCCGCCCGCUUCUACGUCGUCGAGAGCCUCGUCGUCUUCCUCGUGGACAUUGCAGUUCGCAAAUUCGGCAUGAUCACACACACAGCCUCUACAGUCGAGAUUGUCCCAGGGACAAACCUCAUCAAAAUUACCGCGCCCAUGCCUGCCCACAAGAUCGAAGACUUCCGCUCCCGCCCAGGCUCUCACGUCUACCUCAGCCUGCCCCCCGAGGGCAGAACAAGCAAUCAUCCGGUUUCCAAGUCAUUCAUCUUCGACCUCCUCUUCAACCCCUUCACCGUCGCCGCCGCCAGCCAGGAUAACCAAACCAUCACCCUGGUAGCCAGAAGGCGAACCGGCCCCAUGACCAACAUGCUCUCCCAAGUCGCCUCCUCUUCAUCCUCCUCCUCCUCCUCCACCACAUCAUUCCCCCCACAAUCACCAUACCCAGGGGACCAUGCCACCAACACAAUCACCCUCGCCAUAGAAGGCCCCCACGGCGCCAUAGGCAAACAAUUCCAGCACCUCCUCGCAUGGGGCCCCUCCCGGACCCUCCUCGUCGCAGGCGGCGUCGGCGCCACCUUUGCCCUCCCGCUCUACCACGCUCUCCGGCGCGACCUCGCCUCCUCCUCUCCUGCCCACGUCCACUUCGUCUGGGCUAUCCGCUCCGCCGCCGACGCAACCUGGGCCAUGGCCCCCAACUCUAGCAGCGACGACAAUGAAAAAUCUCUCCUGGACGACGACAACGUCCACCUCUACCUCACAGAGAAUCUCAUGGGCAACGAUGCGUCGUCCAUCGAGCUGCAAGACAUGCGCGGCAGCAGCAGAAACAACAAAAACAGCCGACGGCCCAACUUUCAAAAGAUUGUCGACGACCUCUUCCGUCACGGUGCGGAUGAAAAAGUGGCCAUCCUCGUCUGCGGGCCGGAUGAGAUGGCGAGGGAUGUGCGCCGACGGGUCGGGCCGUGGGUCUUCAAGGGCCGCGAGGUGUGGUGGCACAACGAGAGUUUUGGAUGGUAG